UGCUCAUUGGCUGGAGAGCAGCUACGCAUGCAUGCAAAAACACACACCAGCAGAUAACUUUGUGAAGAGAUCGAGCGCGCACGACCUCAAGAUACCAUUGUGAAAGGUAACUAACCAGAAACAUGUCAGACCAGAUGAUUGACUUGGAAGAAACAGCAACCCACACGGGGCCCAAAGGCGUUAUCAAUGACUGGAGGAGGUUUAAGUUGGAGAGUAUGGACCAGGACAACCUGCCACCUGCAAAACGGGAGCUUCUCCGACAAAUGUCAUCCCCUCACAAGAAAUUGGACGAUACCAAGGCGAAUCUGAAUCGCAAGAUGAGCGUGCAGGAGUACGAGCUCCUUAAGGAGGAGGACGAGGGCUGUCUCAAGAAAUACCGAAAGCAGUGCAUGCAGGAAAUGCACGACAAGCUCAGCUUCGGCCCGAGGUUCGAAAGAGUCCACGACCUAGACAGCGGGGAGGCGUUCCUUGAAGUCAUCGAGAAGGAACACCACAGCACGGUGGUGGUGGUCCACAUCUACAAGACCGGAGUGAAAGGCUGCGAGGAGCUCAACAGCUGCCUGGACUGCUUGGCCGCAGAGUAUCCCCCCGUCAAGUUCUGCAGGAUCGACGCGGUCGCCUCGGGUGCUGCUGAGAGGUUCUCGGAUGAGGUGUUGCCCACACUUUUGGUCUACAAGGCAGGAGAACUGCUGGGGAACUUCCUGGCCUGCACAAAGCACCUCAAUGAGGAGUUCUUUGCCACGGAUGUGGAGACCUUCCUCAACAGCUACGGCCUGCUGCCCGAGAAAGAGAUGCCCGCGUUGGAUGAUGAAGAGGAGAAUGAUGUGGAGUAAAAAAAAAGAAAAUGUUUGCGGCUGCUUUGGAAGAAAGAAAGCCGCCAAGAGGGUUGGAUGUAGAGCUUUGGGAGAGUUGCACGCUUGUAAGAUGAGGAAAUCUUUCUAGUGUUUGUGGAGGGUUCUCUUAUGGGCUAACAUCUGCUCUCAAGUAUGAUUUGGGUUAACUAGAGUGUAGAGUGUACAAACAAUAUGGAAGAUGCUAAAACAGCAUGUUUAUUAUGCACACUCUGCGGAGAGGAGUUUUCUUUACACUUCCAUCUUUAAAUAGCACAUUUAUAACACUAAAGGAGUAACAGUAACGUUAAUGUGGCUAUUCGGACCGUUUUUUUGUUAACAUUAACAUAUUAUUAACGGUGUUUGAUUAACAUGUUAAGUGUAUAUUAGGAGUUGUCAAAAAAAAACUUGAGUCACAUCAAAAUCUCGAUUCUAGUUUAUUACCAUUUCCAAUCGAUUUAUAGUUUUUUUUAAAUUGAUUAAAAAAAACACAAUUAAAAUUAAAAAUCGAUUCUGAAUAAAAUUGUCACCCCCAAAAAUCAGAAUCAAAUCAAAUUGUGAGUUGUUGUGAAUGUACCAAGGCGGUCAAGGUUAACAUGUUAACUCAUGCGAUUAAUCCAAAAACAUUAUCGCAUUAACAAUGUGUGAACUCAGAUUAAUUGGGUGAUAUACUUUGACCGCACCUGCUCCUUUACCGCGGAUGGUUGCCUGAAAGGUGAAGCAUAUGUCAAUGCAUACGGAGACUCCGACUUAUGUGCUCACUGGAAAAAUUGCACUUCAAAAUACACCCUGAUUUUAGUUUAGAUUCAACUGUUAGCAAGUUUUGAGCAAAUAAUGUAGUGUGUUACAUUGUGACAAUAAAAUAGCAUUUGUGUCAAAAUAUUUGGGUGUUUUUCAAAGCUAAUCUAAAUUUAGCACACUGCGAUUAAUCAAAUUGCAAAAGUGUGAUUAAUCUGAUUAAAAGAUUUAAUCAUUUGACGGCACCAAUAUGUAUGUAUAUAUAGUUUACUGUAUGCGUAACUCCUGUAUUUAAAUGGACUUUGAUCCUUGAUUUAAUUUAAUUGUCCACAAAAGGGCAUUUUAAAAAUGUUUUCACUUUCUUGUAAAUCAAUUUUACCAAAGAAGAGGGGAUGCUGAAGCCGGUGGUAAUCGUACAUCUGGAACAAGCUUGGUCAGAUAGUGCCAUCUACAUUUCAACAUACAGUGUUUUGUGUACACAGAAUUUAACAAAAAGUGCAUUUUAGAAACUUGUUUUCCUAAUAAUGAUAUACAGUAUAGCACAUGUGAAUUAACCAUUCUUUUAAAAAAUAAAACAACAUGACAAUUCA